CGAAGAUGCUUUAUCUAAUAUCACUAAUGCUAGUACAAAAGCAAUAUCAGAUUUUCAAAAAUGGGCUUCUGCUGCUAGCAAACCUUCAAUUUCAAAGUUACCGAUAAAGGGGUUGCCAAGUGGAUCAAGGAAAGUUUCAGAAUCUUCGAUUGAAAGCACCCCGUUGUUUAAUGAAGGAACAGAAGAAGAUUACUGGGAAUUGGUGCAAGGAAAUGUCAAAUGGAAUAAAAAUUCAUUACAAGCUGCAUGUCAACAAUAUGGAAUACAUUCAGAAGAAGUCAAUAACAUUAACGAAAGAGAUAUGCCAUGAUAUCCAAGCAGGAUCUGAAAAUAUUGUUAAGGUCUGGCCAUCCUACAGAGAAAAUGAUAAAAAUGAUGUUAUAUUUGUUGUGGAAACAAAUGAGCAUGUUGACUCAUCAAAAGAAAUAAAUUAUGACCAAGAUUUUGAAAUAGUUUUGAGACAAAAAAUGGAAACAAACGAUGAAGACAUGUUGGUUCUUAAACAUGAAUUUAAUACAAAGUCGUAUAUUGAUGAUGAAAAAAAUAAGGAAAUAAAAGAUGUAAUUAAGAAAUAUUCCAACACAUUGCAAAAGCAACAUAGCAACCUUAUUAUGAUUUGUGCAAGUUCUUUAAAAUCCUUUGGAUUUCCAAGUGGAAAACAUUCAAUGAAAAGCGAAGACUGCAUUGUCCUUUAUGUUCACAUUAAAGGGUACAUUCCUUUAGAUGAAGAUUGUUUUCCAAAAAUGUUAGACGGCUUUCCAGUUGAUGUACGCGAAACUGUUUUCCAAAUGUAUGGAAAUAAAAAACCAAGUGAUUUUUGUCAAAACUUGAAAAUUGGCUGCGAAAUAGGUCCAAACCAUAUAGAAGUUUAUGGAACAAUUGGAGGUUUCAUUGAACAUGAAAAUCACGGACUGUGUUUAAUGACAUGCGCACACAUUUUUCUUGAUGGUGAAGAUCUAAGAAAAAACCACACUCCUUUAAUAAUAUGUAAUCAACCCAGUUUUAAAGAAGGAAUAGGAGAAACAGAAUCAAAACGAUGUGGGGAACUCAAAUUUCAUAAAAUGGGUAAAGUCACUGAAGGCAAGGCAUCCGUUGAUGUAGCAUUUGUGAAAAUCGAUACUCGGAGACAACCGGUUAAAGGGACAUUUCCAUCAAUUAGCUCUGAAGACUUGAUGAAGUCAGGUUUCGGCAAAGAUUACAUUCCAGAGUAUACUUCAGGAAAAGUGUACAAUACAGAUGAAAUCAUGAAGCACAAAUCAGAAACUUUCAUCAAAUACGGAGCUACCACGUUGUUAACAAAAGGCAAUUACUAUUGUGUUGGUGCAGCCGUUAACCAUUUUGGAAUUCUAUUUGAAAAUCAGAUAAAAAUCAUUAAUAAGGAGUGGAAAAAAAAUUCGUUUGCUAAUAAAGGCGAUUCUGGAGCGCUGGUUUUUAUGGAAUCUGACAAAGGAUUAGUCGCUGUUGGUCUCCUGUUGGGUGGCCAUGAAUAUUACACUAUUGUGACUCCCAUAUGUGACAUUUUGCAUGCAGUUGGAUAUUCACCGCCAUAUGCACUUAAAACAUUUCCUGACGCAAAUGAUAACAUCAAUGGAAACUGUCAUAUACAGGAUAACAGGUCGGACGGAGAACCUAGGAAUGUUGUAAGAAAGCCUUUGAAGCAGAGACAAUCACAGGUGGAUGAGGUUGUGGAUAAUGUUGACACGGAUUUCGAAAUAGAUCAACAAAUAUUUGACUUGGACGACAGAGCAGAAUUAUUGCAAGCUGGUUCAUCUCAGUGUGAAGCGAGCGCUGGAAAACGAAAGUUUUGGUGGAAAAAUCGCAAGAUGUGGCUCUUCCUCCUUAUAGGAAUCAUUGCUGUUAUAUUUGUGAUAAUCAUUGUAUGGCAUGAUGGCGGGAGUGAUUCCAAAGAAGCAUCAACUGAUACAACUACAGUAAAGAGUACCCGUUGAGUUAUUUUUAGCAAUAUAUAUUAAAGUUCACCGCCGGAACAAAAUUCAAAUAAAAAUAUUGCGUUAUUUUUUUUUCAAUUUUUCUCCUCUGUUUUAACUAUUGUGAUUAAUGGAUUCAUAGAUUUCAUUUAAAGUUAAUCAUUUCUUGACAUUGAUUGUCAUAAGACUCUAAAUCUCAGAAUAAGACUUGUUUUUUCUAGAUAUUAUAUUAUAGUGAUUAAUGUUUGACCUCU